GAAUAAUAUUUAAUGACAAAGCUGCCUCUGUUUGUAUACAAUUUCCCUUUUUUGCUGAUAGUCUUCAAUGUUGAUUUGAAUGUCGCACGCUCGAAUGACACUAGUGGUUUCCACUGCCGAAAACAUGCUUUUGGUAGCUGUGUACGGCACUGUUUUCUCUAGUUAUAAGAACUUUGUGAUUUUUCGCGAGUUUGUGGAGGCCGGUCUAAGAUUUUUACAAUUGAAUUCUGGAUAAAUGGAAUCCUAAUACUGCAUCAAAGUCAUGGUUCUCAGAGAAACGUGAACAUGAUGACGUGGUGUUUUCUUAUUGGCACUGGAACGUGUCUAAUUGAUUCUAUAGAUGGGAACGGACUGAUUCUUCGACAACGCUUGAUACCUGUACUGCACGGUGUACAAUUCUCAAACUAAACCGCAGUCAGUUAAUAACCACAGAGUUUAGCUUAAAAAUUCCAAAGAUUCAUAUAGUUCUGUUUACAGAUUAGACAGGUUGUUGUCAUGUGUGAAGUUGUUAUUGGUUUUUCAUAUUGAAGCUACUAAUGAUGCAUAUUUUUUGUUUCACGUUUUUGAAAGAUGUAACAUCAGCAUCUGCCUCGGAUUCAUCAUGCAGUCAAUGUGAACAGAAUUCUUUCUGUGAUUUGACGUGAGGUCACAAAUAAUGCAGGACAUUCGAAUAUUUGUUUGCAGGUCAUCAUAUAAACAAAUAUGAACUCGAUAAGUAUUGAUAUUGAUGGAACGGUGUCCGAUUUUAGGACAUCUAAAUCUGACAGUUCCUGUCUGAAAAUAAAUUCCGUGAGCAGUGCUGGCUAUUUAUAUAAUUGCUGCUUGUUGCUGAUCACUGUGAUUGUUUUAAGCAUAAUUCUAUUUGAAUUCAAAGAAUAUGUUAGAGCAUUGCUAAUGUGGGUCGAGUCACAAGAUCAAGUUGUUAUAUACUUAAUUUUUACUGUGCUGUUCGUUCUAGUUUCCUUCCCAUUCACUUGGGGGUACACAGUUCUUGUUUUCGCUACAGGUUACGUUUUCGGAAUAAUUAGAGGGCUAGUAACAGUUUUAUUCGCAGCAAACGUUGGUGUAGUUGCCGCACAUUUUGCAAUUAGACUUGUACACUAUAAAUUUCCAUUAACAAAGCUUAUCCAGAAUGAUAAAAUACAAGCUGUGCUCUCUGUCAUAUCGGGAUCGAAAGCAUUUAGAGUUGCAGCCUUUUCUCGCUUGACCCCAGUGCCUUUCGGAGUACAGAAUUUAAUAUUUGCAGUCAGCAACAUUAAUACGAGAAUAUAUUUCAUAGCAUCUUUUAUUGGUAUGAUACCAGCCCAAGUUAUAAAUGUGUAUCUGGGAAGCUCAUUGAGAUCAAUGGAGGAAGUUUUGUCCCACAAAUCAACAGCCACCACAGCCAUCAUUGUGUUUUUUCAAAUCUCCGUUGGUGUGUGCCUCAUGGCCUACGUAUUGACAAAAGCUCGUCAAGAGUUAAGGAAAGCAUUAUACAGUACAUCGUAUAGUCAGGUGGCAUGAUUCUUGUUAGUUACCAUUGACACACAUGGUAUAUUACACCACAGAACUGAAAUCAAAUUUUUUAAAGACAUCAUCAGUAUUGUUUUAUAUUUAUUGAUUUAGAACUGCUUUUUGCUUAGUUUUAAUACAGAACGAAUCAAUCAGUUCAAUCUUUCUGUUGUAUAAUUUUCUAUUUCUUUUUUAUUUAUUUUGCCAUUAAAUGUCACACUUUGGUUAUUUAUAUGUAAACUAUGGGGAUAUUGAAAAAGUAUAGUUUUACACUAAUUAUGUGUGUAUAUAUAUAUUCACAACUUCUGUGUUUUCACAGAAACUUGUUAUAAACUGAAUGCUGUUAAAUCUGUGCCUACUCAUUGCACUACAUGGCGAUUGGUCAGACACUGAUGACAGUUUUAUUUUCACUUAAUGUUUCAGGCAGCUUGCUGAUUGAAAUAUUUUAAGGGCUGUGAUUGUGCCAAAGAUAGGUCAGAUAUUAAUUACUCCGGGGAAAACAUUUUUUUGUGUAUGUUUACUUACACAAAUACAAGUAUUUACAAGAAGUCGCCUUAUAAAUCCUGUUAUGUUGUCUUGUUAUUGCAGCAUAAUUUUAUGGAUGUAUUAGGAUGUGAUAAAAUCAAAUUGAUAAACAUGUGUUACAUAAAUAUGUUUAUUAUAACUAUAAAGAAAAAUAAAUUUUUUGACUUAUUGGAUGAGGUCAAAAUGAUUGUGCCAUUUUUGUUUGGAGUUCAGUUUUUAGUGCUUUGUGUUUCUACAUAUUUUGUCAAAACUUUGUCAAGUACAGAAAUUGUAUAAUCUACAUCUUCUUUGGUGAUGCACAUCGGUGGUUUAAUGCGGAAUACCUGUGAACAAUAAGAUAUGAUUAGAACACUAUUUGUGAAAGCAUUUAAUUACUUUGUGCCUUCAAUAAAUGAACAUAUUUAUUGUUAA